ACAGCUCGGCUCAGCUCAGCUCGGCACGGCUCGGCUCAGCCGGGCUCUCGGCGGGGAUGGCGGUGCCGGAGCCGGACGCGCGGCUGGCGCAGGAGAAGGAGGAGGAGAGCGAGGAGGAGAGCGAGGUGCUGGAGGAGAGUCCCUGCGGCCGCUGGCAGAAGCGCCGCGAGCAGGUGAACCAGGGGAACAUGCCGGGCAUCCAGAGCACCUUCCUGGCCAUGGACACGGAGGAGGGGGUGGAGGUGGUGUGGAACGAGCUGCUCUUCACCGACAAGAAGGCCUUCAAAGCACACGAGGAGAAGAUCAAGACCAUGUUCGAGCAGCUGGUGCUGGUGGAUCACCCCAACAUCGUGAAGCUCCACAAGUACUGGCUGGACGUGAAGGACUCCAAGGCACGGGUGAUCUUCAUCACAGAGUACGUGUCCUCGGGGAGCCUCAAGCAGUUCCUCAAGAAAACCAAGAAGAACCACAAGGCCAUGAACGCCAGGGCCUGGAAGCGCUGGUGCACCCAGAUCCUCUCGGCUCUCAGCUUCCUGCACUCCUGCGAGCCCCCCAUCAUCCACGGCAACCUGACCAGCGACACCAUCUUCAUCCAGCACAACGGGCUCAUCAAGAUCGGCUCGGUUUGGCACCGGGUGUUUGCCAACGCCCUCCCGGACGAUCUGAGGAGCCCCAUGAGGAUCGAGAGGGAGGAGCUGCGGAACCUGCACUUCUUCCCCCCGGAGUACGGCCAGCAGACGGACGGCACGGCCGUGGACAUCUUCUCCUUCGGGAUGUGUGCGCUGGAGAUGGCCGUGCUGGAGAUCCAGACCAACGGGGACACGCGGGUGUCGGAGGAGGCCAUCGCCAGGGCCCGGCACUCCCUGGACGACCCCAACAUGAGGGAGUUCAUCCUGUCCUGCCUGACCCUGAACCCCGACCGGCGCCCCAGCGCCCACAACCUGCUCUUCCACCGGGUGCUCUUCGAGGUGCACUCCCUGAAGCUGCUGGCGGCCCAUUGCUUCAUCAACCACCAGUAUCUGAUGCCAGAGAAUGUGGUGGAGGAGAAGAUAAAGGAGCUGGACCUGAACAUGGUGAUGGCCGAGAUCCGCAGGGAGGGGCGGCCCGGAGCCCAGUGGAGGUACUCAGAGGUUUCCUUCCUCGAGCUUGACAAGUUCUUGGAGGAUGUCAGGAACGGGAUUUACCCCCUGAUGAACUUCGCCGUCUCCAGACCCCACGCCCUGCCCCGGGUGCUCUCCCAGCCCCAGGAGGAUCCCCAGAAAGCCAAAACUCCCACCCCGGAGCCCUUCGACGUGGAGACCAGGAAGGUGGUGCAGAUGCAGUGCAGCCUCGAGCUCAACGACGACAAGUCCCAGUGGCACCUCACGCUCCUGCUCAUCCUGGAGGACAAACUGCACCGACAGCUCAGCUACGACCUCCUGCCCUCUGACAACUCCAAGGAUCUGGCCACAGAGCUGGUGCAUUAUGGGUUCAUCCACGAGGACGACUGUGAGAAGCUGGCCGCGUUCCUGGAGAGCGCCUUCCACAAGCACCGCUCCCCGCUGCUCUGAGCCCGCGGGACACGGACCCCCCACCCCGGGGAGGGAUGUGCUGGACUGGGGGGUCCGGGGGCUCCCGGGCCACCUCCCCGCAGCAGGACUGAGCCCCGGGCCCCGCCCGAGCCCGGGGGGCUUCG